GGAUUCGUGAUUGCGUGUCACGUGGUAACCACCCACGUUUCGGAUUGUGGGUAAACAAGAAGAGAAGAAAAUAUUUGUGCGGCGCGUAUCGUCAUCAUCGUGUAUCCGUCAACGCCGUCGUCAUCAUCGCCGUUACGAUUGAAUUCGAAGAAGCGGUAGGAAAACACGAGGUCCCAACGCUCACGAUCGCCAUAAGCGGAGGAAGCGAAUUCGGAAGGUGCCUUGACCACAGUUUAAAUCUUAAAGAGGAAGGAAUCGCGCGUGGUCCCGCAUGGUGACCGUAUGCCCGUAACGGACGCGUGGAGUGUGUGUGUGAGCGGUGAGAAACGCGGUUACCGCGGUGUAUGUGUGUCACAUAUCGCGCACGCACGCAGAAAACGCACAACGCACUUGGCGAAGUGAAGAGAAGAGAGAGAUACACACACACACACACAUACACACGUACGCCGGGGCGGUGUGGAGAAAGGAGAGUUCGAGAAAAUAGCCGGCCAUAUUCCGCGAGAGUAGACUCGCGUGCGUGCAUACGCAAGUCGUGCCGUACGUGUGCUCCUCGCGCGUCGCCUCGUCUCGCCAGUAUAACAGUAUCUUUAUCGGCGCUGCGAUUUUCUUUCCCCCUGACUCAAUUUUUUCCUCGCGCACGUCAUUCUCUGUCUCUCUCUCUCUCUCUUCUCUCUCUCUCCCCUCGUCAAUUCUCUCUCCUCCUCUCUCUCCUUUGCACGUUUAUUCUUUUCUGUCUCUCAUCUCCUUUUUGUCACCAUCUACUUGUAUCGCCUCAGUGUUCCUCUAUCAUUACCGGGUCUACCUCGUCUUCGUUCUUUAUCUCCGCUUAUCUAUCUAUCUAACGUAUCUGACUGUACGUUUGUCGAUUUAUCUCAAUUUAGCGGCUAUCUAUCAUUCCGUCUCGCUUCUCAUCUCGUGUCGUCUCUGUCUCGUUCUCUCUCUCCCUCCCUCUCUCUCUCGCUCUCUCUCUCUCCCGCGCGCACACUCUUUCUCUCUUUUCUCCACUCACUCUGCUCGACUCUGCUGUCUUCCUCUCCUUCCUGUGCUGCUCUCAAGUACACCACGGCUCAUUCGCUCUUGGUGCUAUGUCUACGUACUCUCGUACCCAGGAGAGCGACGCGUGGGCUCUUCUGGCGUUGAAGUCCGCGCCGGCCAGCCCGACGAAGAUGCAGUGGAAUCCGGAGUCGAAAGGCGCGGCGAUAGCAAAACUCGAGGGCCGCGAGUUCGAGUACAUGGUUAGACAGCGGCGCAUCACGAUCGGCCGCAACAGCAGCAAGGGUGAGGUCGACGUCAACAUGGGCCACUCCAGCUUUAUCUCACGACGGCACCUCGAGAUCUUCUACGACCAUCCGUUUUUCUUCAUGAUGUGUAAUGGCAAGAAUGGCGUAUUCGUCGACGGGGUGUUUCAACGCAAGGGCGCUCCGGCUUUUCAAUUGCCAAAGACAUGUACGUUCAGAUUUCCAAGUACCACAAUAAGAUUGGUUUUCCAGUCGCUUGUCGAUGAGCAGGAACAAAGUAACAUUCGCGUGCCCUCGCCGCCAAAGCAAAGGGCACCGCUACCUCCACUGCGGAUAAACAUACCGGAAACCGGGUACAGCAGCCCCUUCCCGUCGCCCACGGGAACGAUCAGCGCUGCCAACUCCUGUCCGGCGAGUCCGCGCGCUGGUCAAGGCAGAAGAAACAUCUCGGCCGAUCUGCAGAUGGUCGCGGCGUACGCCGCUGCGGUGGCAAACGAUCCGCAGAACUCCGCUUUGGACAGGCAUAACCUGGACAGGCACGAAGGCGGUCAGAGCUCCAGCAGACAGAUAAGUCCCGAGCCUGGCGCCGACGCGCGAUACCGAAGUGGAAACGGUUCCGGAUUGAACGGCACCGCGCCACACUACAGUCCGCCGAAGGAUGACUCCAAGCCGCCAUACUCUUACGCCCAAUUGAUCGUGCAGGCUAUCGCGUCUGCUCCGGACAAGCAGCUGACACUGUCGGGAAUCUAUUCGUACAUCACAAAGAAUUAUCCAUAUUAUAGGACCGCUGACAAAGGCUGGCAAAAUUCCAUACGACACAAUUUGUCUCUGAAUCGUUAUUUCAUCAAGGUACCCAGAAGUCAGGAAGAGCCGGGUAAGGGCUCAUUCUGGAAGAUAGAUCCUCAAUCAGAAGCUAAACUCAUUGAACAAGCCUUUAGACGAAGACGGCAGCGCGGUGUACCUUGCUUCCGCGCUCCCUUCGGAGCUCUAUCAUCCAGAAGUGCACCGGCUUCGCCGUCUCAUGUCGGUAUCAGCGGAUUGAUGACGCCUGAAUGUCUGAGCAGAGAGGCUUCCCCAGGACCGGAAUCAUAUCCGGACAGUUCGGUUUCCUCGCCCGCUGGACAACUCGCAACGAGUCAAUCGGCGCCUGGUUCCCCCGGCCAUCCGUUCACGUCGUCUCAGUCAACGCAUAAGGGCCGCUUGAUGCAAGCAAUCGUGACAAAUGGUGUCGGCGGGGAUGCAGUAAGGGAAGAAAAAUACUUGGUGCCUGGGAAUGCUGUGGAGGACCAUUCUUUAUCUCCAGCUGGACAAUACAGUCCAGCUCCUGUUAUUGUACAAACGACAUAUAAUUACAGUGGAAAUUUUAUCGGUCCCGACGCUGGCGUCGGGGGGAUUAGCAAACGUGGCCACGAAGAGUCGGACAGCUCGCCGGGUUCACCGGCCCCGCUCGCGAUCGUCGAGAGCCCCGAGCCGCCUGAACAUCAGCCACCGCAGUCCAAGCGUCAACGUAUUCACGAAAUGGACGAUCAUUGAAUUGAUACACCUAGCAUCCUGUUACGUAGAAACAUUACAUUUACAUUGCAUUAUUUGCCUAUCGUCGAACACACACAGAUACACACAGAUACACACACACACACACACGAAUACACUGCAAACUUCAUUUUAUUUUAACUGCAUAACCGCUUUAGACUGCACAUAAUCGAGAUCGAGCGUCAGUUCUACAUCUCGUAAGAAUUUAUGGGAAACUGUUGUGUGUAUAACUUCGCAAAAGAAACAGACUCCUGAAAAGAGAAAGAACGAUAAGCAGAUUUUUCCUGUCCUUUUAGAAUUCAUGUUUUCAUUUGAAAUAAUUUUCUUAUCAACAGUCAAAUGUAUAUAAGAUAUAUAUAUAUAUAUAUAUAUAAAUAUAUAUAUAUAAAAUAUAUAUAUACAUACACACUUUAUUAAAUGCUUUCUCUUUACGACUUGUUAACUUCGGAAGAUAUAGAAUAUAUAUGUAUAUGGAGCUUAUUUGGAUCGAGGAAGUUAACCGAAAUAGUGACAGCAGCUAUCGUGCUGGUACAUCAAAUUGCAAUAAUGUGAUGCGGUAACGUGUGCCAUUCAGCGUUUAACCGAUUUAUUAAAAAUAGGCAAGACAGAGAAAGGACAAACGAGAAUGAUACCCCGAAUAUAAUCCGAUCGAAUGGAGA